GCUGGACAGCUUCAAGUUCUCCCUUACAGUUAAUCCUUUGCCAGUUCGGCUUGGGAAACAUAUCUUUAUCCCAUAGCUAGUCAUUCAAUCUCUGGUUCCAGCGCUUCUGCGCAGUUUUGUCUCUGUGGUGUAGAAGUACUGCUCAAGGCAGUCUUGCUUUCACCAUGGCUCCAAGGGACACCUUGUUCCGCUCGUCGGAGAUGAGCUUAACCCAGCUCUACAUCGCCAACGAGAUCGGAAGAGAGGUUGUCAGUGCUCUGGGAGAACUCGGUCAGGUUCAAUUCAGAGAUCUUAACCCCGACACCAAUGCGUUCCAGCGUACUUUUACGAAGGAGAUUCGUCGUUUGGACAAUGUGGAAAGACAGCUGCGCUACUUCCACGCUCAGAUGGACAAGGCAAGCAUUCCCAUGAGAUCUUCGUCCGAAUUCUCCGACACCCUGGCUGCUCCCUUGGCCUCCGAAAUCGACGAGCUCGCCGAGCGCAGUGAAAGCCUCGAACAACGGAUCGCUUCGCUGAACGAUAGCUACGAGACCUUGAAGAAACGUGAGGUGGAGUUGACUGAGUGGCGCUGGGUGCUGAGGGAAGCUGGUGGUUUCUUCGAUCGCGCUCACAGCCACACGGAGGAAAUCCGCCAAUCUUUCGAUAACGACGAAGCCCCUCUCCUCCGCGAUGUCGAACAGCAGAGCCGCGGCCCCAACAGCGAUGCGCAGGGCCAGCAGUCCUUCCUUGAGAUGAACAUCGGGUUUGUGGCCGGUGUGAUUCCGCGGGACAGGAUCGGAGCCUUCGAGCGCAUCUUGUGGCGUACUCUGCGUGGUAACCUUUACAUGAACCAGUCGGAAAUCCCUGAGGCCAUCAUCGACCCAACCACCAACGAGGAGUCCCACAAGAACGUCUUCGUCAUUUUUGCUCACGGAAAGAGUAUCAUCGCUAAGAUUCGGAAGAUUUCUGAGUCGCUUGGGGCCUCCCUCUACAACGUCGAUGAGAACAGUGAGCUGAGACGGGACCAGAUUCAUGAGGUCAACACCCGCCUGGGUGAUGUUGGCAAUGUCCUGCGUAACACCAAGAACACCCUCGACGCGGAGCUCACGCAGAUUGCCCGCUCGCUUGCAGCUUGGAUGAUCAUUGUCAAGAAGGAGAAGGCUGUGUAUGAUACACUGAACAAAUUCUCUUACGAUCAGGCGAGAAAGACUCUUAUCGCGGAAGCAUGGUGUCCGACCAAUUCGCUGGGCUUGAUCAAGUCGACAUUGCAGGACGUCAACGACCGUGCUGGGUUGAGUGUGCCUACCAUUGUCAAUCAAAUCCGGACCAACAAGACCCCACCAACCUACAUGCGGACGAACAAGUUCACUCAAGCUUUCCAGACUAUCGUCGACGCCUACGGUAUCUCGAAGUACUCCGAAGCCAACCCCGGAUUGUACACCAUCGUCACAUUUCCCUUCCUUUUUGCCGUCAUGUUCGGUGAUUUUGGCCACGGUGCCUUGAUGACCAUGGCUGCCGCCGCUAUGAUCUUCUGGGAACGCAAGCUGGCGAAGACCAAGCUGGACGAGCUGACAUACAUGGCAUUCUACGGUCGUUACAUCAUGCUUAUGAUGGGUAUCUUCUCUAUGUACACCGGUCUUCUCUACAACGAUGUCUUUUCCAAGUCCUUCACCGUCUUCCCCAGUCAAUGGCAGUGGCCCGACGAUAUUAAGCAGGGACAGACCGUCGAGGCAUCUUUGAAGACAGGUUAUCGUUUCCCUUUUGGUCUGGACUGGAACUGGCACGAAGCCGAGAACUCUCUUCUCUUCACAAACAGUCUGAAGAUGAAGAUGAGUAUUUGUCUCGGUUGGGCACACAUGACCUACGCUCUCUGCUUGCAAUACGUCAACGCUCGGCAUUUCAAGUCGAAGGUUGAUGUUAUUGGUAACUUCAUUCCCGGCAUGAUCUUCUUCCAGUCAAUCUUCGGUUACCUUGUUCUUACCAUCAUCUACAAGUGGUCCGUUGAUUGGAACGCCCGAGGCCAGUCUCCUCCCGGACUUCUUAACAUGCUUAUCUUCAUGUUCCUCUCUCCGGGAACUGUUGAGGAGCAGCUCUACCCCGGUCAGGCAAGCGUUCAGGUUCUGCUCUUGCUUCUUGCUGUCAUUCAGGUGCCGAUCAUGCUCUUCUUCAAGCCGUUCUACCUCCGUUGGGAGCACAACCGUGCCCGCGCUCUUGGAUACCGCGGCCUUGGUGAGCCAUCCCGGGUUAGUGCGUUAGAAGACGAUGCCGAUGGCAAUCGCGACAGCAUGGCUAGCGAUGGUGAAGGUGUUGCCAUGAUCGCUCAGGAUCUUGGAGACGAAGAGCACGAGGAGUUCGACUUCGGCGAGAUCAUGAUUCACCAAGUCAUCCACACCAUUGAGUUCUGUCUGAACUGUAUCUCCCACACCGCCUCCUACCUGCGUCUGUGGGCUCUGUCUCUGGCCCACCAGCAGCUUUCCAUUGUGCUGUGGGACAUGACCAUUGGCGGCGCCUUCGAGCAAGAGUCCGCCACCAUGCGGGUCAUCAUGAUCGUUGUCACCUUCUACCUCUGGUUCACCUUGACCAUUGCAAUUCUCUGUGUCAUGGAGGGUACCAGUGCCAUGCUCCACUCCCUCCGUCUACACUGGGUCGAAGCCAUGAGCAAGCAUUUCAUGGGUGAAGGUAUACCUUUCACCCCGUUCAGCUUCAAGACCCUCCUCGAAGAGGAUCCUGUUGAUUAGUCUCUCUUUUUCUGACUGCAUGCGUUGCAUAUUCCUUUCCUUUCACACUUUUGGAUCGAGAUGUCACAUUAUUCCAUUCCCUGAGGGAAUUCGAUCGAAUCUAGAUAUUCAUGGCGUCUUGUCCCUUUAUCCGUGUCUUUCUUUUGGCUGUGCUACUAGAUGAUCGGAAAUAUAUAUGUCGAAUUGUACACGCAACGAGUUGUAGGUUAUACCAGUAAAUGUCAUAUGCCGU